AAAGAAACGCCCGCCUCUAUAAGACAGCGGCAGCACACACAGCACACACACUUCGGUGGAGUUAAAGGAAGGAGGAAACAACAUAUGAAAAUACAGCCAGCGUUUGCAUAACCUGCAGGUCUCAAUGGACUGGGCUCUUCUUUUAGUUUUGCAAGUCAUGUUUCAGCCAUCACUAACAGUCUUGUUCACUGUGGAGGUAGAACAAAGUACGUAUGACUCAGAGUUCGGAGGAGAUGUUGUGCUGGGCUGCAGGUUUCAGCCUAAUCUAUCAACCCCUCUUGCUGACAUAAAAGUGACCUGGCAUCGGAUCCACUCUGCCUCUACUCAACACGUAUACUGGCUGGCUAACGGAAAGGAGCACUUAGAAUCCCAGGAUCCGGCCUAUAAGGGCAGAGUGAAGCUUCUCAGGGAGGAGCUGAAGACUGGCUUGGCCAGGUUACAGAUCUCCGGACUCAAGAUCAGUGACUCUGGGACGUAUAAGUGUUUGGUGCAGACAUCUGAAGGAGCCGAUUAUAAACCGAUAACUUUGUCAGUUAAAGCUACUUAUAAAGCCAUCACUAAAGACAUCCAGAAGGUUGCAGAGGGGGAUGGGGUGCUGCUCACCUGCCAGUCUAAGGGAUAUCCUGAGUCCUCUGUUAUGUGGCAGGAUGGAAACAUGCAGAGACUCUAUGCCAAUACAACAACUGUCUCAACAGCAGACCAGCGCUUUAAAGUCACCAGUCAAAUUCAUGUCCAACCAUCAGACCAAAACAACUACACAUGUAGCUUUGUAAAGGACGCCUCCUCUGCAACGUUUUUGAUUCCAGAUGAAAUGCCUGUUCUUCAUGAAGAGAACAACGCUCUCAUCAUUAUAAUGUGCAUUGUAGUAACCAUGGUUGGCAUAACGGUUGCAGUUCUCAUGUACCAACGUCACAAAGGGUGCAGAAAUAGCAGCACCAGGAACCCUUUGGUUAAUGGAGCAUGCAGGACAGUUUCAACUGCUUUUUGCCUGCAAAUAGAAAAAGAAAACGAGGAGGAGAUAACUAUGUUUAAUGAAGGCAGUACGGAGGAAAAACUGGGGGCGUUUUUGAAAGCCCAUUACUCAGAGCUCUCCUUCACUGAAAUGCCAAGACAGUACUGGGAGGCUUUCGGUGUGGAGGUGCUUCCUCAAAGGCUGCAAAACAAUGAGGGUCAGCCUGUGAACCUUCAAGCUUUACUCCCAGAAGCUGGAGAGACUCUCCUUCUCGAGGGACCGCCCCGGAGCGGGAAGACGACUUUAGCACACAUCCUGGUCUCCUCUUGGACUGAAGGACCCAAACAUGCCUUCCCUGACCUCCUUGACCUCAGUGCUGUUGGACUUCUCCUUUAUAUAGACUGCAGCGGAGUGAAGGGGGACUUGCAUCAGGAAAUAACCUCGCAACUCUCUCUCACUGAGAAGACAACAACAGAAGACAAGCUGAGGACUUUGUUGAGCCGUUCCAGCGAGGCUCUGCUGCUGUUGGACGGAUACACAGAAGGGAACCAGAGUUUUGAUGAGACCUUGAGGACGUUUCUGAGAGAAAGAGGAGGGUGUAGGGUGCUGGUCACGACCUGCGUGGGACACUGUGACACGCUCAGGGAAAUAGUGGGGACAGGACGGGUGUUGGAGCUCCAAAAUGAAAAUGUUUAGCACCGAAUUCACAAGGAGAAAAAUACAUUUCAGGCAAACAUGAUGUAGACACUUUUGUACAUAUUUUCUUUUACUGUGGGGCCAGAUUGUUUAGAUGCCCAAAUAUACUAGUUGUAUCAAUAUAUGAGACAUGCACAAUAAAUGUUGCUUUUCUAUUCUC